UUCAGUAGUACAUGAACUGUAUGUGACAUUGGAUAUGACUGUUCUCCACUUCAGAAAAUGGGAAGAAACAAGACAAGAUCCUGCAUAUAAACGGCAAAGGUUUGUUUGCCUCUGCCAGAGCACAAAGCUGAGAUGCCAGUGCACAACACGAAGAUGCCACACUACUACUAGAGUAAAACCUACAAACAAAGCUUCGCAAACUAUGGGUUCACGGUCCGAGCAAGAAAGACUCUUACGCACAACGAGCACGCUGUAUGUGGGCAACCUGUCCUUUUACACUACCGAAGAACAACUUUAUGAGCUGUUUGGCCGUGCUGGAGAUGUAAAGAGGAUCAUUAUGGGGCUUGACAAGAUUAAGAGAACCCCAUGUGGAUUUUGUUUUGUUGAGUAUUUUACAAGGGAAGAAUCGGAGCAGUGCAUGAGGUACAUCAAUGGAACUCGCCUUGAUGAUCGCAUAGUUCGAACUGAUUGGGAUGCAGGUUUCAUCGAGGGACGACAGUAUGGUCGAGGAAAGAGUGGUGGACAG